CACACGCGCGCACACACAUGUUGUCACAGAACAGCAAUAUGUCAUCAACCAUCAGUUGCUUGAACAAAUCGUUAUGCAUUUUGUUUCACUUUAUCUUGCUGAUAUUACGCAACGCGCACGGAAAUGGCGGCACAUCUCAAAAAAACGUGCUUCUGCUGUUGGCCGACGAUGCGGGAUUUGAAAUGCGCUCUUACUUGAACAAAAUCUGCCAAACUCCGAAUUUGGACAAGUUGGCAAAAGAAGGAUUGUUGUUCAAUAACGCUUACACGUCAGUCAGCAGUUGUUCACCGAGUCGUUCCGCAAUACUGACUGGAUUACCGAGUCACCAGAAUGGAAUGUACGGUCUUCAUCACGGAGUUCAUCACUUCAAUUCUUUCAAUAACAUACAAAGUUUGCCAAAGAUCUUGAGAAGAAACAACAUAAGAACGGGAAUUAUCGGCAAGAAACACGUGGGUCCCGAUAACGUCUAUCCGUUUGAUUUUGCACAUACGGAAGAGAACAAUUCUAUUCUUCAAGUGGGCCGCAAUAUAACUUACAUCAAAUCACUCGUUCGCGAGUUUCUCUCACAGAAUAAGACACAACCUUUCUUUCUGUACGUUGCUUUUCACGAUCCACAUCGUUGCGGACACACUCAUCCCGAAUACGGCAAUUUUUGCGAGAAAUUUGGGAACGGUGACGUCGGAAUGGGUACCAUUCCCGAUUGGAAUCCGAUAUAUUACCAAUGGGAGCAAGUUAAAGUGCCCUACUACGUUCAAAACACCGAAGCUGCCAGGAGAGACAUAGCUGCUCAGUAUACAACAAUCUCUCGUUUAGACAAAGGUGUCGGUCUUGUGCUCGAAGAAUUGAAAAAUGCGGGGUUCAAAGACAACACACUAGUGAUUUAUACAUCCGACAAUGGCAUACCUUUUCCAAACGGUCGCACUAAUUUGUACGACUCAGGUAUGGCCGAACCUAUGAUAAUCUCAUCACCGAUCAACGGUCACAGAAAAAAUAGCGUGACGUACAGCCUGACGUCUCUACUAGAUAUAGCACCGACAAUAUUAGAUUGGUUUAACGUAACUUACACAGAUCAGAUGUCGUCAGAUGCUAACGAAAUGUCUUCUCCGCAACUGACUGGCAAAUCACUUCUUCCGUUACUUCGUGAGGAGCCCGUAGAAAAUAAUACAGCGAUCUUUGCUAGUCAGACGCAUCACGAAGUUACUAUGUAUUAUCCUAUGAGGGUGAUUAGGACCAAGCGUCACAAACUAAUACAUAACAUCAACUACAGAAUGCCAUUUCCUAUUGAUCAAGAUUUCUAUCUAUCCCCGACCUUUCAGGACAUUCUAAACAGAACAAGAAAGAAGGAGCGUCUACCAUGGUACAAAACAUUGGAAAAAUAUUAUCAGAGACCUGAGUGGGAAUUAUAUGAUCUAAAGUAUGAUCCAGAAGAAUUAAAUAAUAUUGCUUCAAAAUCAUCAGCAAAGAAUAUAUUUCUUGAACUACGAGAUCGACUGUACAAUUGGUUGAAAAUAACAAAGGAUCCAUGGUUGUGUGCACCAAAUGGUGUUCUAGAAAUCUCAGAACAUAACAAAGAAAAUCCCAUAUGUAUGCCACUGGACAAUUUGGAUUAUUAAAAUAAAUUAGUUUUAAUAACA